AUGGAACCUGUCCUGCACAGCAUCUUCACCACUGUAGUAGUUGCAGAGUUUAUUUUGGGGAAUUUGAGCAAUGGUUUGAUAGUGCUGAAAAACUGCAUUGACUGGGUCAAUAAAAGAGAUCUUUCCACAAUUGAUCAAAUACUAACUAUCUUGGCAAUUUGCAGAAUGGGUCUCAUCUGGGAAACACUACUUGUUUGGGUUAAAAAUCAAUCCAUUUCAUCUAUUACCAGAGAAGAAUUUAAAAUAAUUCUGUUCAGCUGCAUACUAUCUAGCCACUUCAGCGUCUGGCUCACCACAGCCCUCAGCAUCUUUUAUUUACUCAGAAUAGUUCACUGCUCCUGGAAGAUCUUUCUUUACUUGAAGUGGAGACUUAAACAAUUGAUUGUAGGGAUACUGCUGGGAAGCUUGGCCUUUUUAUUUGCAAAUCUGAUGCAGACAGCCAUCACUAUUGAAGAGUGGUUGUAUCAAUAUGGAGGAAAUACAAGUGUGAAUCCUAUGGGGACUGAGUUUGCCACAUUAACAGAGCUGAUCUUGUUCAACAGGACUAUGUUCUCUGUAAUGCCAUUCUCAUUGGCCUUGAUUGCUUUUCUCCUGCUAAUCUUCUCUUUGUGGAAACAUCUCCAGAAGAUGCAGCUCAAUUCCAGAGGACACGGAGACCCUAGUACCAAGGCUCACAUGAAUGCCUUGAGAAUUAUUGUCUCCUUCCUACUGCUUUAUACUAUGUACUUUCUGUCCCUUCUUAUAUCGUGGAUUUCUCAGAAGCGUCACAAUGAACUGGUUCAUAUUAUUUGUGUAAUAACUGAACUCAUGUAUCCUUCAGCUCAUUCAUUUAUCCUGAUUCUGGGCAAUUCUAAAUUAAAGCAGACUUCUUUUUUGGUACUGAGGCAUCUGAGAUGUAGGCUGAAAGGACAGAGUAUCUCAACUACAUAUGACAUCCAAACAACAGGCUGUUGUGUAUUCUAUAUAGCAAAGAAAUCUAUGUGGAAAUAG